CACUCAAACUGGUCUCGCUCGAAAUCGCUCAAGGUUCGAAUGAAUGGACUUAGCUUAGGCGACGUUCAUCAUUUCAGCUAAAAUGUCUCGAAGGUUGGACUUAAAAAAACUUAUGUUUACCUCAAAUAUACCUCAACCUAAAGGGGCCACUGCUGUACACUUAGAAAAAUUUCUAGACAAAACUAUGUAUGCACUUACUAGCGGUCGGAUUUCACGAAUUAUUGCUGCUUACGAAGACUUCAUGGGCAUUAGAGAAGUAAAAGCAUCUCAGGAAAAGGUUACCGAAGCCGAAAAUAAUUAUAUUCAAGCUAGAAACCAUGUUAAAAAGGCUAAUAUCGAAGUCAAUGAGAUACAAGCAAAAUUAAAAACUAUACGUAGAAAGCUAGACAGAACACCUCGUGAUGACCCACGGUUUCUAGAGAUUGCCACCGAAGAACACCAGCUCCUGCAAGUGGAGAAGCAAAUCAAAGACUGGUGGAUUCAAGUCGACAACAAAGAAAGAGAAGCUCUGGAUGCCUUUUCUGCUGCAUUCCGUGAAACCAAAGAGAAACAGCAGACUCAGGAAGAUCGUGUUAAGUACUGGUCGUUAAUGUUUUCCCUUAUCGGAACAUGUAUAGGUGUGAUUGGAACUAGUAUAGUGAACUGGCGUUGGAGACGUGAACUAAAGAAAAUUACUGGAAUAACUGACCUUGAUUCUGAAACCUCUAAAAGUUUAAACUUGUUAAAAGAAGAUGUUUCAUCAAUGAAAGCUAUUGUUGAUUCCUUAGAUCUAGGCAGUGGAACAGACAGUGGAUUUAAAGGAAUGUCAAAGGAACAAGAACAGCAACUCUUGCAGCAGAAAGAAGAGAUAAAAUCGUUACUGAAAAACCAGCAAGCAGAAAUUACAAAAGAAUUACUGGCAGUGAAGAGAAGUGUUGCUAUAGGUGGAGGAGAUGGCAAUGCUAUUGAGGAAUUAGUUAGCAACGCUGAGCAGAAACUUGAGUGGGAGGUGAAAAUGAGCGCAUUAUCAACUGUUGUUUUUAUCUAUGGAGCGUUCGCUCUAACAUUGCCAAUUCUAUAUAGUAUAUUCAAGUAAGGCCAUUGUCUUCCAGUUUUAACAGAACGGUAGUAGUUCAUAUCGGGAUGCCAGUAAAUUUUAAGAUAUUAAAGUGUAUAUAAGAAAAUAAAGGUAUAUUUGUAAGAUGGGAAAAGCUAAGAAUUAUUUUAUUAUCAGUUAUUAUAUUAACAUAUUAUUAUUUCAUUAUUUGCUUGUUGUAACCCCAUUUAGGAGUUUCCAAUAUACAGUAGUUAUUUUAUGUAAUUAUACAAUAUUGCAGCUUUAACAACAUGAAUUCAACCUCUUUGUGUAGUUUAUUCAUACUUGUGUAAUGAUUAAGUGUCUUUUGGGUUUUUUUUCUUGGUUGUAUUAAGGCCAACCUAGACAGUGUUAUGAUGCAGCCCAACAAUGCGAUUUGUUAUUGCAUCUGGUCUGUGUGAGGCGAUAGGUUUACGUCGGAGACUAUUUAAGCAUGUUUAAUAUUCCCACUAUGACCUGAAGACUGUCCCCGAAGAUUAAUCGCUUUGGGUUGGGGGUGGGGGGCUGUGUCGUACGAUGCUGUCUGAUUUGGCUUUAACUUUAACUUGCAUACGCUUGAAAUGAAACAUAUUGUAGCAUCAAGUUAGCCCCUACUCUUAUAAAAAUGCAAGGGGGUCUUUAAAGUGCACACUUUAUCCGAAGGCUGGGCAAGGAGCAACUCGAACCAGUACCGAUGUUAAGGCUGCUGUACUAUUCAGCCACUAGACUUUCCCACUAAGUUCAAGUAUAGAAGUGAAUAAUUAUUGUUGGUUGCUUGGUUACAGUAAUCACCAAAUGCCAUACAGAAUGAAUUUUGCUCGAUUGCUACUUAGUGAAUAAAAUACUGGCUAUAUGUUAAUUAUUUAUUAAGUAAAAACAAAUUCAGUAUUAUACAACAAUGUUAUUUACAUUUGUAAGGUGCUUUCGGCUUGAUCAUUCUUAAUUUUUAAUCUGCUAGUACUAAUAUUUAAUAGGUAAUUUUAUCCAAAGAAUCAUGUAUAAGGUGUAAUAAUGCAUGUUCACGACAUUUAAUUUAAAAGGUUGUUUAAAAGUAAAACCAGCUUUACAAAAGCAAUGGUGGCUCCAGGAAUUCAUAAUAGAGAGAUACUUUCAUAGAUAGAAGGUCCACCCACCUGAGCGCCAUCAUGGUUGGGGCUGAGGUAUGAGAUUUUAUGAUUAUGGCACUGCUAGAUGGCCCGAAUUGGCACUCUCAGGCUUAAAUUUGAAUACAAUUUUCUUUUUUUUCCCUCAAUUUUUAAUUUUGAAAAAUUUAGACGGGGGAUGGGGGGGGGUGAGAUGGGGUGACUGGGCCUCCCUCCUUUGAAUCUGCCACUGAUUAGAUUAUAAUUCUAGGCAAUGGUUGAAAUGUGACAUAUUGAAACAAAAUUACAACACCACAAAUAUUUAGCCAUUAAUAGAUUGGAUUGUUGGUUUGUUUAAGGCCUGUUUCACACUUAUAAUGGUUGAUAAUGUCAAAUAACUAACCAUGUUAAUAGCGAUACCUGUAUUGGAAUAAAUGUAAUGUUGAUCUUAAAUUCA